UAUGGUUCGUCGGUAGCGACCCUCAAAGCCUGUCUUCCAGUCCCUGCGAUGGGCCAUGUAGGAGUCCUUGUGGUAAGUCCUGGGAAAGACAUUAUAACAUCAGCUCUCUCCUGUACUGUACUCAACAUGGGGGGGAAUGAGCAAACUGAUAUUCUCAAAACAAAUCUGCUCACACACUUUCAUAUAGGCCUCAUGAGAUUUUAGGUAAAAUUCUGAAAUUAUGCAACAAGAUUAAUGAUUUUUUUGCGUUUCAUUAAGAUUAAUUAUUUUUUUGCGUUUCAUUAGAAGUUAAUCCCUUUUCAUCCUUCUCCUCCCCUUCAAAUAUGGGCCGUAUGUUGAGAAGUUAACAGCAUCAAUCAAAGGGAAUGCCCCGUGCUCCAAGCGAAACAUCACGUUUACUUGCGUUACCCUUGCACAAGGUACGUUUUCUGUAGUCUGGGCCCCUUACCGAGCGUAGUGCUUUGCCACAGGAGAAAGUUGUGGAACACCUGCGGAUUCUGUGCACACCUCUACACAAACCCGGUGUUCCUGUUAACAGAAGGUGACGGGGUUAGCAUGGCAGGUGCGACUAUCAACAUUAUCCUGCUGGCUGUUGUGUCUGUGGCAACAGCGGCCACCUGCACACUGGACUCCAUCACCUGGUCCUGCUCUGCUACACCUCACCUCACACUCAAAUUCUCCAAGGUAACAGUGACGGAAUGUGACGAGAUUAAUACCAAGGAUGCCUUCAAGACGCUCCUGAGCAUUUCCUACACAGGCAAGAACAUCGACCAGCAGGGCAAGACGUACACAGCAGUGAUGGUGGAUCCUGACGCCCCCAAACAUGCGAACGGAGAAGCAUGGUUGCACUGGAUCCGCUCUGGCCUGAUGGGCAAAGAUCUUGUGGACGGGACGAUGCUCACGGGCCAAGAUAUCAUGGAAUACGCCCCACCCACGCCGCCAAAGGAAACUGGCAUCCACCGCUACUUCGUCUUCUUGUUCGAGGAAACUAACCCGGUGACGGCGACGAAGGAUUUGGUGAGACGCAAGUUUCAUCUGGCAACAUUCGCUGAGGAAAACAAACUGUGUGGACCUGUCGCUUCUAAUAUGUUCCGAACCCAGUACUAACUCCACUGCUUGUUGUCUUGAAGCUUCAUGAACGCUCUCAACCCACCAUGAACAAGGAGACGAAGAAGCUGGGGCAACUUUCAGUAUUCUAAGAUCUUCUGUAACUAUGAUUAUAUUAUACGGAGCGCUGGAGUGAUUCUUUACCCUCAUUGUGCUUUUUGUUUCUUGGUUUUGGUUCAAAUUAUUGUUUCAGAAUGGUCAAGUCGAUCCACUUACCGAAGAUCAACAUUAUUACAGCUUACGGUAAAUAAAGACUGCUUACCCA